AGGGCAAACAAGAAGGGGCCACGUCCCAAAGUCGAAAAAGCUCCGCGCGGGAGACGGGUCGGAAGGCGAGAUGGGGGGUGAUGGGGGAGAGGAGGGGACGCCUAUGGACAUCACUUCUGCAGGGACGCUUGCGCUCGGGUUCGGGCGAGACGGUGUGAGCGGGCAGCGUAUGCUUGCGCUCACCAACCUUGGCGUCCUCACGUCCACACGCGGUGGCGGUGGCGGGACGGCUCGUGCGCAAGGAGUUCUGUCCGGUGACAUUCCGCCGCAGAGGGUCGUGGGUUCUGCAUCUACCAUCGCAUCCGUGUCUGAGCACGGCGAUAAAGCUCCGGUCGGUGAGUCUCCAUCGCGCCACGUGGAGGCGUCGAACCCGACGAUCGUCGGCGCUUCGUCGAGGGCUGUGCUUCAAUCUGCGCAAGCAGCGAGCGCCGCUGGCCAUGCCGCCGCCCUCGGUAGUGGAGAAAGGCGAGAAGAUCGGAGGGUGGAAGAGGCGGGGAGAAAACAUGAGAGGAGGGAGGACAGUCCGCUUGGGGAAGAAGAGGACGACCAGCCUCUGAGCGCGAGGAAGAAAAGGUCCCGCCAAGAGGAGGAGUUGGAGGCGAAAUCGAAGCUGUGGGUAGACGGCGAAGCGUUCUGGGCAACCGGCCCCAGACGGAUUAUCGCGGACGCGGUGCAUUCCUGUGCGGACUACUUCUGCGCGAUCGUCAAUGGAGAUGCAGGCACCGGCGCUCCGCAAGGCCUCAUGAUGCCGCCCCCCGAAGUCCCGCGCAGCUUGGAGUGGUCGAGGAUAGUGCCGCCCGCCGUAGUUUACCACACGGUCGCUUUGAAGAUGGACAUCCCAGUGUGGUUCGCCGGGGCGUAUAUAGAGAACAGGACGGAGGACGAUGACAUGGCCGCGCACCAGGAGGCGACUGUGAUGCAUCCUGCGUCAUUCUUCCACGACACGCUCCGGGACAGGCAGUGGUGGGACGGCGGUAGAUUGUCACACCAGAGACUGAGCAGAAUCGGGGAUGCUUUCCGCCUGCUUCUCGCCGCGUGCAUGUGGGUCAUGCGCAUGGGAGGCGACGAUGCACGCUCCUACGAGGAGGCGUCUUACUACGCGCAGCUGGUGGCGAAGCCUACUCUCGUGGCGGCGUGUUCAUCGUCCUUCAACUGGCGCCGCCAUGUGAUGCACUCGGCGAACGUGGUCUUGAGUCGCCUGCGGAAGCCACCGUUGACGCUGGGCACUUUCCCUGACUACAUCCCGGAGUGGGCUUCAUGCGGAUUGCGGUACAACUGCAACGCUGGUCACGUCGCGGCGAGAGUGGACUGGAUGGGGACGGGACCUUUUGAAGGCGAUCAGAAGGAGGACGGUACAAAAGACGAAACGGGAGCGUAAGAGUCCCCGAUAUGGUCGUCUUGCAUGACAAGGAAGAAGGUAUCGCCCGCGGAGUGAAGCGGUUCGUCAUUAAGGUUUGGACAUG